AUCUGUGGUCUCAGUGUAGUUGUUGAUAUGGAAAGAGUAAAUUGUAUUUCAUUUUUUUAUUAGUUUCAUCGUUACACCCGGUGUUUAUUAACAAAUCAAUUAAAUAAUUAAUAGAGGAGCUUUUUUCCAUCUUUUUUUGUUUUUUUUUUUUAUUUUUGCCAUCAACUAAUUUAAUUAAAUACGUAAUUCUUGAGUCAAUCAUUCUCAUUGUAUUAUUACUUUGUGUAUUUUGAUUUUUUAUUGACAUUAUUAGUUCAGAAUCUCUUUUACUGAUAAGCAUUUAUUGUGAAGCUCAAACGUUCAAGAUGUUCAAAUUUGGAGGGAACGCCACAAGGAUUGCCACAAUAACAUUUAAACGUGCCAUGUCAACUCAAGAGCCCGAGGUUCUGUUUGAAACAUUAAACAAUGCUGGUGUCAUAACAUUAAACCGACCAAGAGCUUUAAAUUCACUGAACCUAUCUAUGGUCACUGCCAUGCUGCCAAAACUACAAGAAUGGGAAAACAGUAAACAUAUGAUAAUAAUAAAAGGAGCUGGGGAGAAAGCUUUUUGUGCUGGUGGAGAUGUCAAAGCAGCUAUUGACAGAGUAAUUGGCCCGAAAUUCUUCUUCGCAGAGUACAAUGUUAAUUAUCUAAUUGGAAAAUACAAAAUUCCAUACAUUGCAUUAAUCGAUGGGAUCACAAUGGGUGGUGGUAUGGGAGUGUCUGUUCAUGGGAGGUACAGGGUGGCCACAGAGAGGACGGUCAUAGCUAUGCCAGAGACGAAGAUCGGACUAUUUCCUGAUGUUGGUGCAUCAUACUUCUUGCCUCGGUUGCAGGUCAAUCUCGGACUAUAUUUAGGUUUAACUGGUGACAGACUGAAGGGGAAGGAUGUGGUAAAAGCGGGUAUAGCCACUCAUUUUGUGUCAAGCAAACGACUGUAUGAAUUAGAGACGCUUCUCUCACGAUGCAAGAGUGAUUCAGAAGUCAGUGCACUACUCAACAAAUUCAAUGAACCCCCAGAAGAGUUCUCAUUGGCCCCACACAUCAAGCACAUCAAUUAUUGUUUUGCCGCAUCCACUGUGGAAGAGAUUAUAGAAAGGCUGGAGAAAGUACAGAAUGACUGGUCAGUCAAGACACUUGAGACUCUACACCAAAUGUCCCCUGGUUCACUGAAGAUCACGCUGCGGGCGUUGCAGCGCGGCGCACAGUUAGACUUGGCCAAAUGCCUCAAGAUGGAGUUCAGGAUCGCUUGUCACUCCACUGAGCAGAACGAUUUCCCCGAAGGAGUCCGAGCUCUCCUCAUCGAUAAGGACAACAAGCCACAGUGGAAGCCCAAGACCCUGGCCGAGGUGUCCGAUGACUACGUAGAGAGCUUCUUCAAGAAGUUCCCAGAGGAUAAGGAGCUUCAAUUCUUCGACGCCAAACUGUAGAUAGUUACAUAUUAUUUCCUGUAACAGGGUAGCAAUGAAUUUACCAACAAGUUACGCUGGUUAAUAAAAAAAAAAGAAUUUAGAAUUUAAAACAGAAUUUAAAAAGAUUGCAUUUAUCAUAAAGAGUGUCAGUUGUAAAUGUUAUAUCAAGUUAAAACUGCUGACUAAUUGACCUGCUAUUACUAGAUGGAAUUCUGAAUUGACCUUUUCAAGUAAGGACACAUAUAGUAAGUCAUCUGUGGUACACACCUAUUUUAUUAUAUCUAUUUUUUUUUUAUAUUUUUUGAA